AUGACUGUGCUUGGGCCCAUUCCGUGGAUCGAUGUUCAAGGAAAUAAUGCCGCAGUUUCUGUAAGGGAUGCCUUACCUGUGGAGAUAUGUCUUGUCGUGACACAACCAGUUGAAUACUCGACACACGUGCGUGACUUCGAUUCUGAUCGUAUUGCAUCUUCGCAGACUCAGCACCCCCAAAAUGCUGAGUCAGAAGGGAAUACAUCGAACGAUGUUUCGGUCGGCACUGAGCUCGAACCGCCUGCCAAUACACGUUUCAUGUUAAUCACCCCACCGCCGACGCCUGUAUCUGUUACACCUGAAAGCUCAAAUGCAUCAUCUUCCGAGGAUCCGCAUAGCCCAACUACUGUUCCUGCUGUUCCUGCGCGCAGUCCCACACUCACCGCUGCGCCAAUUGUUCCCGCUGUUACUCCUGCUGUGAGCCUGACUAUUGCUGUGCUGAACUCGACGCAACUGGCUGCAGUCGCUGACCGACACACCGCACUACUGUUACCAUGCAAUGUUAAGAAGAAUGUUUCUACAUUGCCCCCAUCCACCGUUAGUUCACCGCCGUAUUCCCCGACUGGACAUGCUGCGCUCGACCUUGCCAUUAAAGAAUUGCUGGUGAUGCCCGAUCAUGUGCUUAACCAACCCGCCUGCCGACUUUCUCGAUCGCCAGAUACAACCGCACCUGUUCCGCUGCUGCCCAUUUUACCAGUGAAAGAUCUCCUUUAUCCCCCUUCCCCUUCCUCCGAUAUCAUAUCUCUCACCACUACGAUCGAACAUCAGGAAACGAUGAAGGACGCGGAAAUGACUGACUCAGACACCUUGGAGUCAAUUUCGAAAGCUGAAUGGAUCGCUGCUGUCACGCCAGAGAAUAAGUCGUACAUCCUUGCUCCCUACCUUGGUGUGCACCGCAACAUGAUUCAACUCAAGAAUGAACUGUACAUGCACGCUAAGCUGUACGCUCCACCAUUUUCGUUUGAUCAAACCAACGACUUUCACCACACAUUCAUAGUCGCCUUUCAUGCCGUUAUGUCCCGCGCAAAUAUUGACAGUCUUGAAGAUAGUAAAGAGAUGAAGGACCCCUUCGCUAUGCGCAUUGCCGCCAUGGUUCGCCAGCGUCACGACUACUCCGCGCACUAG